UAAAGGAAAGAAGAAAAUGCAGAUGGAGGAACUAGUUGAAGAAGAUGAGAGUGAAGAUGACGGGUGGUUUCAAGAAGAGCCUGAAAAUGAAGUUGUAGAUGAUGGGUGGUUUCAAGAAGAGCUUGAAGAUGAGGUAGCUAGUGAAGGUGAAGAAAAUUAUGUUGAAGCUUCUGAUGAUGAUGAGUAUGCAGGGUAUGGAGUGGAUGAUGAUUUUCUCUUUGACUGGUUAACAGAAUCUGAGGUUGUGUCUAAUCCAGGAGAGGGCCCUUCUGUAGCAGGUAGAGGUCAGGAGACUAACGAGGAAAGUUUUGAUGAUGUAGAAGACAAUGAGCAGAUGUUUGGGGAAGAGGAUUCAGAUGAGGAAAGGCUAGGGCCAGAGUAUAACUCUGAUGAUGAUGGAUGUGAAGACAGAUUCCCUGAGUUUAAUCCUAAGGUUGAUAUGAGGGAUCCACACUUCUGCAAAGGGAUGAAGUUUGCCACAGCAAAGGUACUCCGAGCUGCCAUAAGAGAGAGGGCCAUUCAAAAUGGUUGGGAAGCUGUUUUUCUUAAGAAUGAUAGGCUGAGGAUUAGAGCCAUUUGCAAGGCACCAAACUGUCCCUUUGAGCUGUUUGCAUCAAAGAUGCAGCAUGAGGACACCCUGAUGAUAAAGACUUAUAAUGGAGAACAUAAUUGUCCAAGGAUUCUUGAUAAUAGCAUGGUAAAAACACCAUACCUUACACAGAAGUUUGCUGAGCAAAUCAAGCUGAAUCCUGGUAUUUCAACAUAGUCUCUUGCACAGACAAUGGCAGCUGGUGUGAGGGCCAGAGUCUCUUUUCAACAAGCUUAUAGAACCAAGAAGGCUGCAUUGAGUCUGCUUGAGAAGAGCAUGAAGGAGCAAUAUGCACGAGUACAUGAUUAUGCACAGGAGCUGAAAAGGGUGGAUUCAAACACCACUGUUGAUAUCAAAUGUGAUUUCAACAACCCUGGUCAGCUCCCAGUUUUUAAGAGAAUGUACGUUUGUUUAGGAGCUUUGAAGAUGGGGUUCAGAGCUGGAUGCAGGCCCAUUUUGGGGCUAGAUGGUUGUCACUUGAAGAGUGCUUAUGGUGGGCAGCUAUUAUCAGCAGUGGGAUUGGAUCCAAACAACACAACCUGGGUGGUAGCUUAUGCUAUGGUUGAGAUGGAGAGUAAGGAUUCAUGGGAUUGGUUUUUGAGGUUGUUGGUGAAAGAUUUGGAGAUUAUAGGAGAUGGCAAUGGUUGGACUUUCAUAUCAGACAAACAGAAAGGACUGCUACCUGCAUGUGAAGCUGUGGUGCCUCUUGCAGAACAUAGGUUCUGUGUUAGACACUUGUGGACCAAUUUCAAUAAGCUGUUUCCUGGGAAAGUUUUCAAGGAUCAGGUCUGGGCAAUUGCCAAAUCAAUAACCCUGGCCUACUACACCAAAGAGCUGGUUUUGAUGAAGCAAAUGGACCCCAAAGCUUAUGACUGGUUAACAGAUCCUUUGAGGCCUCCAAAGCAUUGGUCUAGAGCUCACUUUGGCACCAUCCUGAAAUGUGAUGUUCUUCUUAAUAAUUUGUGUGAAAGUUUCAAUGCUUUCAUUUUACCUGCUAGAAGCAAGCCUGUGAUUUCAUGCUUUGAAGAUAUUAGGGUCAAGAUGAUGAAGAGGAUUGCAAUGAGAAGAGACAAGAUGAGCAAAGUUGUGGACCCUAUCUGUCCCAAGCCUAGAGAACUCCUAGAGAAGAACAAGAUUAAAUCUGCAACAGAUUGCAUACCUUAUGGCUCUGGCAGCCCCCAGAUUGAGGUAGAAAGCUUUGGAGGAUCUAAGCAUGUGGUUGACCUGACUAGGAGGACAUGUGCAUGUAGGAGAUGGGACCUCACAGGCAUACCAUGCAAGCAUGCCAUAGCUGCUAUCAACUUCAUGAGACAAACACCAGAAGACUAUGUGGAUUCUUGCUACCUCACCAAGACCUACAUGGCUGUUUACUCUAACACAGUAAAGCCAGUGAAUGGAAUGGACUUAUGGAUCCCUAGUGGUGAACCCCAAAUCCUCCCACCUCAGUACAAUAGGCAGCCUGGUAGGCCAAGAACCAAAAGGAUAAAAGAUGCAUCUGAAAAGGAGUCUGAGGGUCCAAAGCUUGGCAGGGUUCAAAAGAGUUUGAGGUGUGGCAACUGUGGCAUACUAGGUCACAAUGUGAAGACCUGUCAUAGGCAUCUUCCCCCCAAGGAAAAAGUAGCUAAGAAGAGGAAACUAAACACAAGAGAAGCAUCAUCAACUCAAACUCAGGCCAAGGGUAGCAAAAAGCAGCCGAAUACCAAAAAUGAGCUUAGACAAUCGGCAAAGAGAAGAGCUGAACAACAGAAGAAAACGAGGGAUGAAAAGAGGGCAGCAGCAAGGGCAUCAAAAGCAUCAACAACUACAGCUGCUUCAAGCAAGGCCAGACCUCCAAAAGCUCCUUCAAGCAAGGGAAGACCAGCUGCUUCUUCACAAGCUUCAUCAAGGUCAUCUGCAAGGAUCCGGGCAAAUGCAAACAAUGGUGGAAAAUAG